ACACGCGCCUCCACUCAGAGACGACUGCUCCAGGUCUGCCUUUUAUCCUCAUCCUCUGCCCGAACAAUUCUGAGAUGUCGGACUCAGUGAAAGAUAAACCGGUAAGCCCUGAAAACCCCCUGAGGUCGGACAGGAUCCACGUUAUCCUCAGAAGCGUCUCGGAGAGCAGAGCGUUCACCGUCAGAGGAGACUGCACCGUCACACAGCUGAAACUGUGUCUGUCAGAGCGGCUGCGUGUCCCAGCAGAGCAGCUGGUGCUGACCCACUCCGGACGGGUUCUCAGGGAGUCAGAACUCAUGAGUCACCUUAAAGAACAUGAAGGAUCGAUCAGCCUCUGCAUGAUUCUAAGGCCUGAACCUUCAUCUGCUCGGACCUCCAGUGAUCCAGUUUCAGAACCUGUUGAGUCAGAGGUAAAAGCUGGUCCUGACCCAGAGCCCAGCCAAACACCAACUCCCACCUCGCCACUCUGCUCAGCUGAGGGUUUGGACAGUCUUGGCUCGGAAAACAGCAGAUCCAGCUUUCUUACUGCCCUCUGGAGCCAAAUGGAGAGCCAGUUACCGAGUGACCCAGAACAGAUGCAUUGUGUUCUGGCCAGCCCACUGGUGCAGAACGCCCUCUGCACCUCCAGCCCUCAGCUAACAGGACAACGCUCUCUAACUAAUCCUCAAAUUCAGCAGCUCCUGACAACAAACCCUGAGGUGGAGGACAUGUUGAACAACCCAGAUGCCAUAGAGCAGGUCCUGGGACUCAUCAGGGAGCCUGAAAUGACAGGAGAGGUGAUACAAAAAGAAGACGGAGCUUUAGAAAACAUGUCCAUGGUGCAGGAUAACCCUGCAAACGCUGCUGUGCAUGUCCUUCAGACAAAUGAUGCAAAAAUGCAGCAACAGGAUCUUAAACAGACUCAGGAAUCAAUGUUUCCAUUAUUCACUACAUCAUAUGAGAGUCACCAGGGACCAGGAGGACGAACCAGCCCAACAUCACCUCCGUCCAAUGACUCCACAGAUUCCCUCAGAGAGCUGACUGCUUCUCCCAGAACCGGUUCUCUUAAUGCAGGUCUGCAGUCGCUCCUGCAGGAGGUCACAGCCAGUCCGGGUCUGAUGGAGACUCUGCUCUCUGGGCCGCACAUCAACUGUGUUCUGAACUGCCUCAGCCAGAACCCGGACUUUGCUGCACAGAUGCUGCUGAGCCAUCCCUUGUUCUCAGGAAAUGUUCAGCUGCAGGAGCAGAUGAAGCAGCACAUUCCUCUCUUUUUGCAGCAGAUGCAAAGUGGAGAGCUGCUGUCCAUGAUGCUGAACCCCAGAGCCAUGGAGGCUUUGCUACAGAUCCAACAGGGGCUGCAGACUCUGGCUGUAGAGGCUCCCUCCCUCGUGCCUGUUGCUGGACCUGGAACCAGUGCUGGUUCUGGUCUUACUGGUUCUCCUCAGCACCCAUCUGAUCCUAACCUGAACAACCAGACUGGCUGCCGUCCUCAGGACGACCCACUGACAGAGCAGCAGCAGUUUGUACAUCAGAUGCUAAAGGCACUGGCUAACACCAACAAUGGGGUCUGUCUUCAGGAAGAGGAGGAUUUCCAGGAGGAGCUGCAGCAGCUGAACUCAAUGGGCUUCAGAGACAGAAAGGCAAACCUUCAGGCCCUCAGCAGCUCAGGAGGAGACCUCUCCUCUGCUCUACACCUGCCCAGUCCUUAACAAUUCAUUUUCAGUUAUUAACAAGUGAAUUACAAAAAAAAAGAUGUAAUUGUAAGCCAUACUUAUACACAAGGUGUCAUCUAAUAUCUAUGUAGUGAUAAAUCACUGGCAGAAACAUGUAUCCACCAACACAACCGAGUAACAGUGCAGAGGUAGAUUAUAGGCGCUGACUAAACAGAACCCACAGGAGAAAGUAACACCUGUAUUUAACUGAAUUAUGGCAGGGAUCUACACCACAUAUUCAUAUUUUAGUAAACAAACCGAGUGUUUGAUAAGAACCAGAUGAAUUAUUUAACAGAAAAAUAGGAGUUUGUAGUGGAGAAAAAAAUAGAUUUCAUUUUGUCUGCUCUGCUACUUCAGUUCUACUGUCCAUGCAGUAGAUUCAUAGCAUCUACAUCAAUAUUUAAAAGCAGGUGAUUUAUUAUGAACGUCGGCACACGGUGAUGCCUCUUUGCUCUGUUACCUCCUGGUCACCAUCUCACAUACCAGGCAGGUGUCCUGUAAGCUCACACAUUUCAUGUGUUCCAGUCUAACCGAUUAAACCUCAAAUACAAUGAGUCGUGAUGCGUGUCCCGACACACCCAGGUUGUUCAUGUGUGUUAAUCACAGACUAAAGCAGGUGUGGUUAUGUAAACAUUAACAAAUGUUCACAUGUUGACAUUUAGCUAGAAAGAUAUUUAAUUGUACUUAAUAAAGAUAAACAUAGUUUUCAUCAUAAAGCAAAAAACAAACUCAGAAACAAGUUAGGACACCAUAACAGUAUUACCUGUUUUAGUUGUAAUAACUCCUGUGAGGUGCUUCUUUUAGAAGCUUUACUCCACUUUUUACUUUGAGAGAUUUCUUUGAGCAUCUUGUGCUCCACUCUCAGAGCCAACCUGUUUGGAAAGCCAGUCCUGAACAUUUAAAGUAUCUUCUCUUCAGUUUGUAUUGAUUUUUUUUUUUACAAAUAUAUUUAUUUCAGUGUUGUUAAAAUUGUUAUUUAAUGUCAAUAUAUUUAUUGAUAAUAAAUGUCCAUAUAUCUACCACAUAAUCAUAAAUGUAACGUUCUAGAUAAAACAUGCUUUGAUGUAUUUAUUUUUCUUGUCCAACAAGGAAAAAAAAACACUUUUUUUACAAUAUAAUUCUUCUUAAAUCAGCUACCUGCUGAGUAGAAGCCAACAUAACGUUAUACAGUAGAUAUGACACUUAAAUACAAUUUGGUGAACUUAUUUUAUUUUGAAGACAAGCUUACUGUAGUAUAUUAAAUAUUAUAUGUUACUGUGAGAUAUUAUAGUUGUUUUUCUUUUGUCUAAAUCGCAUCAUCAAACAUUACCAGCUGUAUUCUUUCAUCUCCUUUGAUGAAAUUUUAAAGUACUGAAGAUGAAACAUACUUGUAUUUGUUGCGGUACUGUUAGUAUUAUUUAACCAAUAUCAGCUCAAGGGGUUAUUUCCAGAAAAACGUCUCUGUUUUUUUUUUCUUCCAAAAAGAGAGAUGUAUUUUGCUGUUUUAUGGUUGAUUUUAAUGUUUUAAUCAGUCACACAAAACCAAACAAGUAAAUGUAUUAUGGUAGCUCUGUGA